UCACACUUAAUUUUUCAUUUACACCCCUACCCCACCGCCGCCGCCGCCGCCGCCGCCACACUUAUCUCAGUGCCCUUUUAAAAUAGUAGUAGGCUUUUGGGGCGAGCACUCAAUUCUCGUUAUAUCUCUAUCUCUCUUUCAGUCUCUGAGUUUUUCUCAGUCUCUUGUUCAUCUGGCGUUACCCUAGCUGCGAAUUUUUUGUGUACCAUUGCUGAAUCUGCAGUGGAGGACUUACCUAAGCUGCCAACAAGUCCAGAGUAUAAGGAGUAUAAGGAGACCAGAGCAAAGCUGCUGCUCAGAGGUGGGCACUUUGAUAGCAGUGAAGAACUCUACAGAACUUGUGUUAGCACUAAUACAAGGACACUGAUGCUGGGUCAUAACCAUGCUCAGGCUUUGGCUUCUCAAGAGACAUUAGCAAAGUUAGUGAAUUUGUUGCAGGUUACCAUCAAGUUUGGGAUCUAACAACUUCUUGCAGUAAGCAUGGCCAAGCAUCACCCUGAUUUGAUUAUGUGCAGGAAGCAACCAGGUAUUGCCAUUGGACGAUUAUGUGAGAAGUGUGAUGGGAAGUGCGUAAUUUGUGAUUCCUACGUGCGUCCUUGCACACUCGUGCGAGUUUGUGAUGAAUGCAACUAUGGAUCGUUUCAGGGCCGCUGUGUUAUCUGUGGAGGAGUGGGAAUUUCUGAUGCCUACUAUUGCAAAGAGUGCACGCAGCAGGAGAAAGAUAGGGAUGGUUGUCCAAAAAUUGUCAAUUUGGGAAGUGCCAAAACAGAUCUGUUCUAUGAACGGAAAAAAUAUGGGUUUAAGAAAAGGUGAUGGUGUUGAAUUAUUGUCUUCCCAAGUUUGUUUCUGUUGUCAUUAUGCACUAAUAUACUUGGAGAUGAUGACAUAUUUCAAAAUGUUGGAGCAAGGCCUUAGGUUUUAGAUUUGUAUUUGUGGAUAUUAUCAGGUUUUGAAAAUGAAGAGAGGUGAUGGACAAGCUAACAUUAAAAUUCUAUCUGAAUGGAAAACAUUGUUGAAUUUGCAUUUAGACCUAUAAAUCUUCUUUGUUUGUCUC